GGCGGGGGAGAAAGUUGGGCUGCUUGUUUGGGUCCGGGAAAGAGGAGGCAGGAGAAAGGAGAGGCUGCGGUGAAGAGGCGGGAAGGAAAGAGGCCGGGGUCCGGUGCCCACCGCGGGCACCGCCAGAGGGCAGAGGGAAGGGCCCCGUCCCCUUCCCCCCCACCUCCGCCCCGGUGCCCGCCCCCGCCUCGGCCACGUCUUCGCCCAACUUUCUCCGGAGAAACCAUCGGCCGCUCCGCCGCGGUGCCCUCUCGCCCCGCGCCUCGACGGCCCGUCCCAUGAAGGGUUAGGCCGGGAGCGGGACCCCGGCCCCGACCCCCCCCCCCCCCACCAGCCCCGCUCGGACUGGCGGGUCCCCGAGGAUGGGCAGAUCCCCCGGCUGCCCGGCCCCGUGCCCGCUGCUCCUGCUCCUGCUCCUGCUGCUGCUGAGCUGGGGCAGAGGCCGGGCCCGAGAUGCUCUGGAAGCCGUGUUCCUUGAAAACCCCCAGAACCUGACGACGUCCCUGGGGAAGAGCGCCCGGCUUCGGUGUUCCAUCCGGCUGGGCGGGGAACCGCCCGAGGUCAGCUGGCUGCGGGACGGACACCCGUUGGACCUGGCCGACAGCAACCAGGUGCAGGUGCCCAUGAGCGACGACGACGACUGGAUGGUCACCAGCGAGCUCAGCAUCUCCUCCCUGCAACUGUCGGAUGCAGGGAUCUACCAGUGCUCCGUCUUGGUUGCGGGGAACCAGCUCCUCUCCAGAUCAGCCCAUCUGGGGCUGGAAGGCCUGCCCUUCUUCUCCGAGGAGCCCGAGGACCUGGUGGUGGGGGCCGCCACCCCCUUCAACCUGAGCUGCAGCGCGCAGGGUCCCCCAGAACCGGUACAGCUGCUCUGGCUGUGGGACGGGGUCCCCCUGCACUCUCUGCUGGACGUCCUGGCCCGGCCCCCCUCCACGCUGUCUCUGAGCGGGUUAAACAAGACCUCGUCCUUCUCCUGCGAGGCCCACAAUGCGAAGGGAGUCACCACCUCCCGGACGGCCACCGUGAAAGUGCUCCCUCAGCGUCCCACCCACCUCCGCUUGGUGUCCAGCAGCCCCACGGAACUGCAGGUGUCCUGGGAGCCGGGGCCCAGUGGGAUAUACCCGCUGACCCACUGCACCGUCCAGGCGGUGCCGUCGGAUGGGUCGGGGGCCGGGGGCUCGGACACCCCCCGGGGGGAGCCGCACACGCUCGGCACCGAGGUGCCCCCCUACGCCCUGCGGCUGGACGGACUGCAGCCCCUCACGGCCUAUCACCUCCGCGUGGCCUGUGCCAGCGCCCAAGGGGUCUCCCCCUGGACGCACUGGGUGCCCGUGGAGACCCCGGAGGGAGUGCCCCUGGGCCCCCCGGAGCACGUGAUCGCCCUGAGGAACGGCAGCUUGGCCGUGGUGCGUUGGCAGGAGCCGCGACGCCCCAUACCGGGGCUGCUGCGUGGGUAUAAGCUGGCCUACCGCGGGCAGGACGACCCCGAAGUGCUGGUGGACGUGGGCCUGAGCCGGGAGCUGACCCUGCAGCUGCGAGAGCCUUUGCAGAACCUGACGGUGCGUGUGGCGGCCUACACCGGCGCCGGAGAUGGACCCUGGAGCGCCCCGGUGCCCCUUGCCCCCCACGGACCAGAGGACGGUGGACCCGUGCGUCAGCAUGUCCAGGAACCGCCGGCUCCUGCGUUCUCUUGGCCCUGGUGGUACAUCCUUCUGGGCGCGGGCGCCGCCACUGCCUGUGUCCUCUUCCUCGCCCUCUUCCUCGUCCAGCGCCGCAAGAAGGAGACUCGCUACGGGGAAGUGUUUGAGCCCAGCGUAGAACGGGGAGAGCUGGUGGUCAGAUACCGGGUCCGCAAAUCCUACAGCCGCCGCACUACGGAAGCCACCCUAAACGGCCUGGGCAUCAGCGAGGAGCUGAAGGAAAAGCUGCGAGAUGUCAUGGUGGACAGGCACAAGGUGGCACUGGGCAAGACCCUGGGGGAAGGAGAGUUCGGCUCCGUCAUGGAAGGGCAACUCAACCAGGAUGACCGCGUCCUCAAGGUGGCCGUCAAGACCAUGAAGAUCGCCAUCUGCACCCGCUCGGAGCUGGAGGAUUUCCUGAGCGAGGCCGUGUGCAUGAAGGAAUUUGACCAUCCCAACGUCAUGAGGCUCAUCGGGGUCUGCCUGCAGGGCAGCGAGUGCCAGGAGUUCCCGGCCCCCGUGGUCAUCCUGCCCUUCAUGAAGCACGGAGAUCUGCACAGUUUCCUGCUCUACUCGAGGCUCGGCGAUGCGCCCGUGUUCCUCCCCACCCAGACGCUGGUGAAGUUUAUGACGGACAUCGCCAGUGGCAUGGAAUACCUCAGCUCCAAACACUUCAUCCACCGGGACCUGGCCGCCCGCAAUUGCAUGCUCAACGAGAACAUGACCGUGUGCGUAGCCGACUUCGGCCUCUCCAAGAAGAUCUACAACGGCGAUUACUACCGGCAGGGCCGCAUCGCCAAGAUGCCCGUUAAGUGGAUCGCCAUCGAGAGCCUGGCCGACCGCGUCUACACCAGCAAGAGCGACGUGUGGUCUUUCGGCGUGACCAUGUGGGAGAUCGCGACGCGGGGCCAGACCCCCUACCCCGGCGUGGAGAACAGCGAGAUCUACGACUACCUGCGCCAGGGAAACCGCCUCAAGCAGCCGCUGGACUGCCUGGACGGGCUGUACGAGCUCAUGUCCAGCUGCUGGUCGCUGAGCCCCCGGGACCGGCCCACCUUCGCGGCCUUGCGGGAGGAGCUGGAGUUCACCCUGAAGGGUCUGCCCCUCGCCCAGGACCCCGAGGAGAUCCUCUACGUCAACAUGGAGGACGGGGGCGGCUCGGGGGCGGCGGGGGCCGGCGGGGAGCCCGAGGGGGCCGGCGGGGAGGCCGACCGCAAGGCCGGCUGCAGCUGCGUCACGGCCGAGGUCCACGCUCCCGACCCCGCCGGCCGCUAUGUCAUGUGUCCCGCGCCCCCGGGGGACACCCCCCAGCCCGCCCCCUGCGCCGCCUCCGAGGAGGGGGCCUGAGGGGGUGACGGGGGUCACCGUGGACUCUGAAACUGGGGGCGGCUGGGACUCCGGGGGGGCCCCGUCCCCCUCUCCCCAGCUGAGGUACCGCCGAUUUCCCGCCCGACGCCCCCUCCCCGAGCGGCCACGGGCCCGACCCCCGGCCCUUGCCCCGUACUUCCUCCUUCCCCCUUAACCGCCUCUGCCCACCCCAAGCUGUACCCUACUCGCCCCCCCCCCCGUCACUCUCACCCCCCUCCCGGCCUCCUCUCAAGGGCAGCCCCCCGCCCAGUCGCCCCCACCCCGUGUACAGCCCCCGUGUACAGUGAGCGUCCGUGGGGCCGCGAAGCCCAGGCCCGAGCCCCCGCUGCCGGUUUGCACUGCCAGGAUCACCGACAUAAAUACUUUGUAUCGAG